GAAUCAGGAUGUUUUGUGAGACUCUAGGAAGAGAAGCCUCUGUGCUGUACCGCUGACAGGAACCAGACAAGAACUUGUCAAAAAUCGCAGUGCAUUCCAUUGCACGGUUUCCAGCCACCAAGCUCCCUGCAGCCAAUUUUUUUCUGAAACUAUUUGACAUUGAAGGCAAGUUCAAGAUUGCUCAACAGGAAAAAAGUAAAUAUCUUCACAAUAAUAAGAAAAACCAGUGAUGUUUAUAGCUUCCUUUGCCAAAUCAAGAAGGUAAUACAUCUGGUGGACAAUAGGACAAAUGUGUCAUGUGAACAUUAUCAGCUACAGUACACAGAAAAAUGUGCACACAUUUGUCAAGCAGAACAAGCUAAGGAGCUGUGUGGCAGAAGAAAGAUCACUUGGCUUUCAGGUUAAGAGAGGCAGAAACACCCAGAGCAGACUGACAUGUUUAAAACAAUUUACCAUGCCAUCAUCAGCACUAGUUCAGUGAAAACAGAGGACAUGUAAAGAACAUUAGUAGCAUUAAUAAACUCACCACCAUACUGGCUUUGUGGAAUCUUACAGCUCCAGAGAAAUCAGACAAAAAGCUAAUUGGGGUGACAGCUUGUAAAGCAACACAAAAGAUUAAAGGAGUCAAUCCCCUGCUUGUUUCAACGUUUCCCACAUCAUCCGGUAUUCUCUCCAAACAUUCUCCAAAGCUACUGUACAUGCUUCAAUAUUUUAUUUUAUCAUGCUCAAGUUGAAACCUUAGUAAGUGGAACACUCCAAAUAACAUCAUAUUCACCACCUCUUUUGAUACACCCUUUUCAGUUGAAGCUCUAUGUACUCAUCUGAAUUCACCGCUGAAAAAAACCACCCCUUCAGCCAUGCUAUGCUAUGAUGACAUCAUUAGUUGGAGCCACAGGGAUUAGUGAUCCUCACUGCUGAUAGGUUGGUAGAAAAGGGAUGGGAUUUCGUUAAUAAAAGCAUCAAAGUAAAACAGUGCACAGUCUGAAAGUAAAACGACCUUACAAGAGUGGAACUCUCACCUGAAGACAAUAAGAAGACGGUGAGCUCUCCUAACAUGAUGCCUACAGCUAAAGGCAUGUGCCACAUGAUACCCAAUCACGUUCUGAGAGUGGGUCAAACUAUCCGUCUGGACUCGAGGCAGGAGCCAGUCAAUCAACAUCCCAGUCUCACAGAGCCCAGUGACAAACAUGAUGACCCUGAGCUCGACAUCUCCCUGGAUAAUCUCAACCAGCUCAUCCUGGAACUGGACCCGACAUUUGAACCCAUUCAGGUCAACGGAAGUCCCACAUGCAUCAGCCCUCCUACAGACAACUCCUGCUCAGAUAAAGAUGUCUCACGCUGUGUGUUGGUCCCUAGAGGAUGUUCUCCCUGCUCCUCGCCCUCCGUGGUCCCAUUAACGUCACCCAGUAUACCCAUCCCUACACACAGCAGCCUCAGCUGCAGUCCCCAUGGCAUGCUUGUCUUCUCCAGCUCCCCUACGUCCUCCCUGCCUCCGCUGCCAUGUGGGAGUGCACCCCGACGAAAUCACUCAUCGAAGCAUGACGUAGCCUUUUCCCAAGGAUCCCUGCGCUUGUCACACUCCAACAGGAACAGUGCCACCUCGCUCCUCUCCAUGUCAACAUGCUCAGACACCAGCUACAUCCUUGGCAGCAACCUCUCCCUGGCCAGUGAAGAUGCAGACUCUCCAGAUUCCAUCCUUACUUGCAUGUCCGGCUCCUUCACUCAUGAGUCCAGAACGAGGCCAUCUGAUAAGAGCCCAGACAAGCCCCCGCUUACAAAGGGAGGACAUCUACAGAAGCUUCACAGCAAAGGAGUCCACAGCAGUCCGUCUUCGCUCUCUGGGUCUCUGACCGAUAUUCCUGUACUGCUAGUCAACGGUGCACCCCAGCCAGAUUCGCACAUUCAGUCUAAUGGACCAGAAACUGACUUGAUACACACCAUCCCUUUUUCCAUCUCAAGCCCAAUUUCUCCUCGCAGUUUCCAGGCCCAUUUCAAUGGCAGCCAGCCCUCAAUGAAAUUUGUCAUGGACACUUCAAAGUUUUGGUUCCGUCCACAUGUCAGCAGAGCAGAAGCUGAAGCCCUGGUAAAGGACAAGGAAGCAGGAACAUUUGUGGUGAGGGACAGCACCUCAUACAGAGGCAGUUUCGGUCUGGCGAUGAAGGUGGACCAAACAUCCGCCAACUUCACUGCUAGCGCCUACCCAGGAGAGAGUAGUUCAGAUCUUGUUAGACACUUCCUCAUUGAAUCAUCAGCUAAGGGCGUACGCAUCAAAGGUUCUUCUCAGGAACCAUACUUCGGUAGUCUCUCUGCCCUGGUCUACCAGCACACAAUUUCUGCUUAUGCUUUACCCUGCAGAUUACUGCUCCACUCCCAAGAUCUGGGUGCAACAGAAGGGAGGGCAAACGACAAACCAGCAUCAGUGGACAAGAGUACAACAGCUUGCAAUUUCGUCUACCUGAAUGCUGUCUCCAUUGAGAUGCUGACGGGCCCUUGUGCAGUGCAGAAGGCGGUGUCCUCCACACUUGAGAAGGCCCCGGGUUCCUUCACACCAGCCAUAGUCAACCUGAAGGUGUCUUUGAAGGGCGUUACAUUGACAGAUAUCAACAGGAAGCUUUUCUUCAGGCGCCAUUACCCUGCUCACCUGCUUAGCUACAGUGGUGAAGAUCCAGAUAAUCGACUCUGGGUGAAAGGUUCCAGUUUUGGUGCAAGAAUGUUUGGCUUUGUGGCAAAAGGUAUAGAGGCUGGCAUGGAGAAUGUAUGCCACAUCUUUGCAGAAUAUGACCCCCUGCAGCCUUGCAACAAAGUCAUCGAGCUUAUUCAGGCCGCCAUAGCCAAGCCUUAGGUCUUAAGGCACUACCUACCUGCCUGUCUUAUGCUGUACUUUUCUUAAGUAACCUGUCCAAUACCUUGGUCAUCGUUAAGUGUCACUACUGCUGUUGUUACACUGGACAAGUUACUGUAUCUGCUGGAGUGCAAUAGCAACAAAAUCUGAACUAGUGAUUGAUUAGGACUAUCCAGAGUCGUAGCACGGUCAGAUGAUAAAAGUCAUACUGAAAAGACAGGUGUAAUGGCAUAUAUGAAGAUAGACAAGACUCAACAGCUGUCACGCAGGAAUAUACCAGCAACAUAGGAUUGUAAUUAAAUGACAUGCUACUACUGUUAAAGGAUCCAAGGAGUUUGUAGAUUGUAUGUUAAAACAAACUUAACAAUACAGAUGUAAAACUUAAUAUAUGAAGCACCCAAAUAUAAUUUCAGUGUAAAAUAUUAUUGUAUUAAAGUGUAAAAGAAACCAACACUUUAGGACAUGCUACAUUAGUUGAUGUUUCUUAUUUCGUAGUGUAGAAUGAUCCCCAUGUCAUUUGGGGUGAAAAUCUGCACCAGCUGAUGCUAUAAAAUAUAGCGAUGAGAGAUUUUGAAGUUUUCUUAACAGGCUUGAAGAAAAACAACCACAACAUACUGGCGUGUCCUUUCAUUUCAAACAGAAACAGAUAGCCUAGAUAUAUAGUUCAGAAUGUAUUUAUUAAACUGCACUGUAAACUA